CAGAUCUGUACCAGCACUAAAGUUCUGCCCAGAAAACUCUGCAUUUCCAACACAAAACACACUCUCAAAUCGACUAAUACGUCCCACGCUCCAUGGAAGACAGUAAUUAGCCACCCAGCACCAUGGCCAUCACAUCGGAACAAACGACCGGAGCGACAAAACGCAAUAUUUCGGAUUAUGACACCAAACUCUGGUCCACCUCUCUUAACUGCAGCAAAUGACAAUUUGGGACGGUCAUUUCCUCGGUCUACCGAGUCUCGCGCUCGGCCUAGCCCAGAACCAGAAGGCUCAACUCCACACUCUCUACAGUAGCUCAUCACAGCCCAGUCGGUUCGGUUCUGGAUUUGCAAUCCAUGUGCGAUGAAAGUUAUUCCACAAUUAGUUUUAAUUGUAAUUUCGAGCUUCGUCCGUACGAGCAGUGGAAACUACUCCAGCGACGACCACCACGGUUAUGGCGAGAGUGUUUUAUCAGGUGGUGAAUUGUCCGGGCCCGGGGCGAUCAGGAAGCAGCGGUCGUCCGGUUUCGAGCGGGAUUUCGUGAUGAGCUCCAUCGAAUCCGCCAACUAUCCAGCCGAGCUGCACAUAGUCACGACCCGGGACGGUUACAUCCUCAAGGUGCACCGAAUUCCCGAUCCUGCCCUGCAAAAUGAAAACGAAGAAGACGAAGACAAAGAUGGCCCCGGGGACGAAAACGCGCCAAAUCUCGUCGCCGCCGCCGACUUCCGGGGUGUGGUCCUGCUAAUGCACGGUCUGUUUUCCACGGCGGCCGAUUUCAUCGUAACGGGGCCGGAAAACGGGCUCGCAUUUAUCUUGGCCGACGCCGGAUACGACGUUUGGCUGGCGAACGCCCGCGGGACACGCUUCUCCCGGAAGAACCUGAACGUGGGCCCCAAGACGGCCGCCUUUUGGGACUUUAGUUGGCACGAAAUCGGAACCAUCGACCUGCCGGCCAUCAUCGACUACAUCCUGCGGCAAACUGGCCACCAGAAGCUGUUCUACAUUGGUCACAACCAGGGCGUCACGGCAGUGUUGGCACUGCUCGCGGACAAACCCAAGUACAAUCGGAAAAUCCACACCAUCGCAGGAAUGGCUCCACUGGCAUUCCUCGGCAACGGAGUCGAAAGUGGAAUCGCCCAAAAUUUAGUCAAGUUCAACGAUCAGCUUUGGGUCACCCUCAAUUCCCUCAACAUCUACGAACUAACCCCAUCGGAGAAGAUUUCAAAAUUCCUCGGUGGCUUUCUCUGCUCUGAGGACGCACCAACGAGCGAAAUGUGCUCCAACGUUUUGACGGAGCUUUUCGGGUACAGCGCCGAGCAGGCAAAGCUGUUGCUUCCCGGCGUUCUGGACGUUAUGCUGACGGGGAUUUCCACCAAACAGCUGGUCCACUACGGGCAGCUGCUGCAAUCGAAAAAAUUCCAGCAAUUCGACUACAAAAACUACCUAACCAACAUGCAACGGUACCGGCAGGUAAAACCACCAGAGUAUAACCUCUCCAAAAUUUCCGUACCCUUCACUCUUUUCUACGGAACCAAGGAUUUUCUAACGUCACCAAUGGACUUCCAAAAACUUACCAAGGAACUUCCGUCGUGCCGCACCCGCUACGAGCUUCCCAACUGGAACCACAUGGAUUUCAUCUACAACGCGCAAGUUUACCUCAAAGUUUACAGCAAAAUUCUGCAAACGAUGCAAAACGUUUCGACUGGGAUGUGAUAUUACACACUUUCAUUUGACGUCAGAAAGAAACGCACAGUUUACAAUUACUCUAAACUUGAAACAGUUUAUUCUAAUCUGUAGGCAUAAAAUUGAAGUAUAUAAUGUGUGAAAACUCGUUUUCAUUGUGGCAUUUCGAAGUGACAAAACAACCAAACUAAUAAAGCAAUGAACGAAAGAUACGAAAAGGUACGUAAAAUAGUUGUUUGACAAAGGUAAAGGAAACUUCGAAGAGAGAGAGAGUAAAGUACUUGUUUGAUGCUAAGAUUCCUUGCUUGCUUUCACUAGAGCACUUACAAAUUAGUUUAACUAAACGUGGUCCAAUAAAACAUAUAGUUUCAAUCAUAAGUUAUAAGUUUUGUUAUAAAUGUGUGUUCUUUUUUUUUUUGUAUGUUUGUGUAUCCUGUUGCAUAGACGCCCUUGUUACAAUCACUGUGUCCUGGCUUCUUCACGCUUACUUACAUGCAAAACUUGGCUUCUGUUAAUUAAUUCUUUUUUUUUGUUUCUUUAUUCAACACUUAUUAUCUACUUAGCAAUGAAAAUCCCUUGUUUGUUAUUCUUUCUUUAGUAGCUUGUGUUCUUUUGUUUUUCGCAGAAUUCUACUGUUUUUCUAUCCGCUUUCACGUUACUUUAUUGUUCACCUUCUCUGCUUGUUUUUUUUAAGUUUGUUUGAUAUCUUUGAUUCUUUGUCCUCAUUUUUUCAUAAUCAUUUGUUUCAUUUUACUUAUUUCUACGUUUAUUCUGUUAUAUGUUGCUGGUUCACUUGUUUUAUUUUUAAGAUAGUUCAUCAUCGCCUUCUCCUCCUCUACUUACAAAAAUACAGCCUAACAUUAAUAAUAGAAAGUUCCCGGUUCUUGAUGUCACGUUUGCAUGGUUGCUCACGAUAUCUCGCGCCUUACAAACUAGUUUUUAUUACUCUGUUUUCUCUUUAUUUACUUAUGAUGAUCGCUUUCUGGGGGAGUUUAAAAGGUUUUGAGUGGCGAAACGAAAGUUACAUCGAGGAAAAAAUGAGAUGAGACUUGCUGGGCUGAAACCUCAUUCAAUUGUGGUGCUGCUGCUGCUGCUGCUUAUCCGUUAGUUGCUGUGUUGAUUCAUUGUUUAUAUGGUACUAUUGAUAUAAGGUGCAAUAAUUGCCAGA